GAGGGCGUGCGAGGCCUCUCUGGAAGUUGUCCCGGGUGUUCGCAGCUGGAGCUCCGGGUCGAGAGGACGAGGUGCAGUUGCCGUCCGCUCCCGGAGCCCAGCCCUUUCCUAGCCCGGUCCAGUCCCAACCGCCACCUCCUAUCCCUGCUGUGGGCUCCAGCGUUACCAUGAGUCCUGCCGUCUUUCCGUCUUUACCCGACCUCAGAUGCUCCCUGCUGCUCCUGGUAACCUGGAUUUUUACACCUAUAACAGCUGAAAUCACAAGUCUUGAUACAGAGAAUAUAGAUGAAAUUUUAAACAAUGCUGAUGUUGCUUUAGUAAAUUUUUAUGCUGACUGGUGUCGUUUCAGCCAGAUGUUGCAUCCAAUUUUUGAGGAAGCAUCUGAUGUCAUUAAGGAAGAAUAUCCAGAUAAAAAUCAAGUCGUGUUUGCCAGAGUCGAUUGUGAUCAGCACUCUGAUAUAGCCCAGAGGUACAGGAUAAGCAAAUAUCCAACCCUCAAAUUGUUUCGUAAUGGAAUGAUGAUGAAGAGAGAGUACAGGGGCCAGCGAUCAGUGAAAGCACUUGCAGACUACAUCAGGCAACAGAAGAGUAACCCUGUCCAGGAGAUUCAGAGCUUAGAAGAAAUCACUACUCUUGAUCGCAGUAAAAGAAAUAUCAUUGGAUACUUUGAGCAAAAGGAUUCAGAUAAUUACAGAGUUUUUGAAAGGGUAGCAAGUAUCUUGCAUGACGACUGUGCCUUCCUUUCUGCUUUUGGAGAUGUUUCAAAACCAGAAAGAUACAGUGGAGACAAUGUAAUCUACAAACCACCAGGGCGUUCUGCUCCAGAUAUGGUGUACUUGGGAUCUAUGAUAAAUUUUGACGUGACUUACAACUGGAUUCAAGAUAAAUGUGUCCCUCUUGUCCGAGAAAUAACAUUUGAAAAUGGAGAGGAAUUAACAGAAGAAGGACUGCCUUUUCUCAUUCUCUUCCACAUGAAAGAAGAUACAGAAAGUUUAGAAAUAUUCCAGAAUGAAGUAGCCCGGCAGUUAAUAAGUGAAAAAGGUACAAUAAACUUCUUACAUGCAGAUUGUGACAAAUUCAGACAUCCUCUUCUUCACAUUCAGAAAACUCCAGCGGAUUGCCCUGUCAUAGCUAUUGACAGUUUUAGGCAUAUGUAUGUUUUUGGCGACUUUAAGGAUGUAUUAACUCCUGGAAAACUUAAGCAGUUCGUCUUUGACUUACAUUCUGGGAAACUGCACAGAGAAUUCCAUCAUGGACCUGACCCAACUGAUACAGCCCCAGGAGAGCAAGACCAAGAUGUAGCAAGCAGUCCUCCAGAGAGCUCCUUCCAGAAACUAGCACCCAGCGAAUAUAGGUAUACUUUAUUGAGAGAUCGAGAUGAGCUUUAAAAACUUGAAAAACAAUUUGCAAGCCUUUCAACAGCAGCAUCGGCUUCCAUGGUGGAAAUAGUAAACCUAUAUUUUCAUAAUUCUAUGUGUAUUUUUAUUUUGAAUAAAUUGAAAGAAGUUUUGGGUUUUUAAUUUUUUUUCUCCCCCUAACUCAAAAUACAUUGUCAUUUAAUAUAGCCUCUUUUUAAAAAAAGUCUGCUAGGUUUAGAAAAAAUAAAAACAAGAGGCCUGUCUUCACUUUACAUCUGUCCUACACAGUCUUUAUAAUUCCAGUGAAGGUAGCAUUGCCAGAAUCGUAACGCUAACCCUCACUGCCAUUGUGGGGGCAGGGAGAAUGCAGGCCUGUUCCGAUAGUGUGUGCUUUUCCUUUUCUUUUCAUAUGACCAAUUCUGUGGUAUUUUCAUUAUCACAUUUAUGAAAGCUAAGGGGAUAUAUAUUCUGGAGACUUGGGAGGGGAAUAAAUUAAAAUUUUCACACUG